AUCAGCAUCAGUGAACGUGCAGCAGCUCGCUGUCGGAUAUUCCUGCACGUUUCUGGACGGGACUAACUGCUGCAGAACCAGAACCAGAACAUCUGGACACGAGGAGGAUUAAAAGGGGGGUCUGGGAGCAGAAACCAGCCCGUCUCGGUGCCACUCCCCCCCUCCAUGUGACGCUCCAGAGACCUGGGUUCUGGAAAACAGCUGGAACCGCUGGCCGUGCAUGUCGGACAUGUUCUGCUUCUGUCUGCAGAGCUCGCUGCUGAAGCUCCAGGCGCUGGAGGUGGAGGGGGGCCCCUCGCUGGGGCCCUCCCCCGAGGAGGGGCCCCCGAGCCGGGCCGGCAAGGAGCACAAGGACCCCGCCGGAGUCCUGGCCGAGAAGACGCCGCCGGCGGCGGUGGCGGUGGCGGUCUGUCAUCACCACCACCACCCGGCCGACGAGAACGACCCCCCAGAGCUGCUGACGGUCCUGGCCAGACCUCCACAGUCCCCCAGACACCAGCCGCUGACCCCCAUCCACCUCGGCCGGCAGCCGCCGCCCCCCAACGGCAGCCCCCUGUACUCCCCACAGAGGAGCCCCGGAGGUGAGGGGGGAGGAGGAGACGGGUCCGAGGGUGGAGGUGGGGGAGGCGGAGCUCUACUCCAGCUGCUGUCGGGACUCUCCAGCCCCCUGCCCUCCCCUCGCUGCUCCGGCCACAGCCAGAGGUUCAACUCCGACCCCGACACGGCGCCGUCCCCACCCUGCAGCCAGCAGUACAUACUGUGUCGGGGGACCAGGACUGAAGCAUCGGGGGACGAGCUGCCCCCCUCCAUCCCCUUCCUCACCAGGCAGAUCCAGAGCCUGAAGAAGAGGGUCCGCAGGUUUGAGGACCAGUUUGAGCAGGAGAUGAACUACAAGCCGUCCCACAAUGAUAAAUACUCAAACCCGGAGAUGGUUGGAGUGAUGAGCGAACUGGCCACGGCUCGCAAGCAGCUCAAAGAGCAGAGACUGAGGCAGUCGGUGUUUGAGACGAAGGAGCGAGAGACCAGCGACGGCUGCAGAUCCAGCUCUGGGUCCGGCCAGCAGGGGCCGUCGGAGCACAAACCGACCCCGGAGGAAACCGUGGAGUCCCUGUUCAGACGGCUGGGAGAGAAGAGGCAAAGUCUGGGUCUCCCCGAGGACAUGAAGGAGAUGACGCAGGCUCAGCUGGUGAUGGAGAAGAUCAAUCUGCAGAAAUGUCUCCUUUACUUUGAGAGUGUUCAUGGACGGCUGGGAUCCAAAAGGGAGAGGAACCUGGUGAAGCCGCUGUACGACCGCUACCAGAUGAUCAAGCGUCUGCUGUGCGCCAGCCCGAGCAUCGCCACCAUCGAGGAGGAGGAUGGCUCUGAUGAAGAGUCUAUGAACCUGUCGUUGGUGGAAGAACUUCCUGUCCAGAGUGUUCAGAGAGUGACCCGGCCAACAGUCGGUGAGGAGGACAGCGACAGAGACAGUGACCCGGCCUUUGUCUCCCCAAUAGAGGAGGUGAAGGCCGUCCGUCAGAAAACCGCUCUCACCACCGCCAACCUGCACGAGGCCUCCAGGUCUCAGCUGCUGGCGUGUCUGCGAGAGACCCGAGCCGAGAAGAAGACGAGGCGUAAAGUUCUGAAGGCGUUUGAGGACGAGUUUUACCGACAGACUGGACGGAUCUGUCAGAAGGAGGACCGCACUCCGAUGAAGGAGGAAUACCAUGACUAUAAACAGCUCAAAGCAAAACUCCGUCUGCUGGAGGUUCUGCUCAGUAAACAGGAAGUCACCAAAACCGUGUGAGGAACCAACGAGUCAGUCCCAGUCAGAAACAUGUUUAACACAAGUCCCACUUGUGUUAGAAACGUCCAGCAUGCCUCAAAACAGUGUCCCACAUGUCCGAAGAUUGUCCAAAAUGUUACACACUACUUUGAUGUAUUUGACGAGUCGAGUCGGACACAAGUCUGAGACAAGUC